UCACUAUAAAUAGGCUGACAGAGCGACAGUCUUCGCAACACCUUCACAUUGUUUUCAAUGUACUUUAGCUUCCCCUGCCGAGAUGAACCAGCUUGUCUGUUUUGUGAUGCUGGGCAUCUGUGUGAUGCAGGCCCAUUCAAACCCAUCAAGUCUGGGUCGUCCCUAUCUUAUGGAGUGCUUUGAAGAGGCCAAAAAACUGGUGGAUGAUGCUUACAAGUACUCGCGAGAUGAGAGUCUGAGCAGGGUUCGCAGAGAGGUCGUCUCUCCGGCGGACAUCCUGCGCCUCAUGAAGCAGCCGCGUGGAGCCUCCCGCUCGGCCGUGCGCUCGGCCGACUACAUGGACCAGACCCUGCGCCUGCUGCACGACCGCGUCCACCGCGUGCACAAACGCUCGCUCAACGCCACAGAUCUGCUCCCUCGUGAAGACCUGGAGGUUCUCUCCAAGAUCUCUGGAUGUGCAGCCAUGGUCAGCGAUCCGCCCUGCCGCACCACUCAGAACCUGGACAAGUACAGGACCGCCACCAGCGUGUGCAACAACCUGGCGAGUCCUCGCCUGGGGGCCUCCAACACCCCCUUCAAGCGGUUGCUUCCCGCUCAAUACGACGACGGCGUCGCCUUGCCCAACGGCUGGGAGAGAAGCCGCCGCUUCAACAACUUCGUUCUCCCUCUGGUCAGAGAGGUGUCCAAUCGCAUCCUGGCGACGCCAGACGAGGGCGUGGUCAACGACACUGAAUUUUCCCACAUGACGACCCUGUUCGGCCAGUGGAACGACCACGACCUCACCUUCACCCCCUUCUCCCCAAGCAUCCGCUCCUUCAGCAACGGCCUCAACUGUGACGAGAGCUGCGAGCGCUCCGAGCCCUGCUUCCCAAUUCAGAUCCCCCCCGGCGACCCCCGCUUGCCAACAGGCCCCGACAGCUGCAUCCCGGUCUUCCGAUCGGCGGCCGUUUGUGGAACCGGAAAUUCGGCGUUCAAUUUUGGCGGCGUGGCGAAUAAGCGGGAGCAGAUCAACACCCUGACGGCGUUCCUGGACCUGGGCCAGGUGUACGGCUCGGAGGAGCAGCUGGCGAUGGACCUCCGCAACCUCACGACCGAUGCGGGCCUCCUGCGCGUCAACGACAAGUUCAGGGACAACGGCCGGGAGCUGCUGCCGUUCAGCCCCCUGCUGCCCAAAAUGUGCGCUACACGCCAGAGAGUCACAAACAACAGCAAGGCCGAGGAGGUGCCCUGUUUCCUUGCAGGUGACGUUCGUGUCGAUGAGAACAUUGCCCUGACGUCCCUCCACACCCUGUUCAUGCGAGAACACAACCGUCUGGCGCGUGAACUCAAGAAGCUAAACCCGCAGUGGGACGGUGAAACCCUCUACCAAGAGGCUCGUAAAAUCAUGGGCGCGUACACUCAGGUGUUUGUUUUCAGGGACUACCUGCCCCACAUCGUGGGUGACGUGGCCAUGUCCAGACUGCUGGGCCGCUACCCAGGCUACGACCCCAACGUGGACCCCAGCAUCGCCAAUGUGUUCGCCACCGCCGCCUACCGCUUUGCCCACCUCGCCAUCCAGCCCUUCCUAGCUCGCCUCGACCAAAACUACCGGGAGAACGCCCGCAUCCCCAACGUGCCGCUCUUCAAGGCCUUCUUCACCCCCUGGAGGAUCGUAUUUGAAGGCGGAAUCGACCCCCUGAUCCGAGGUCUUGCGGGCCGUCCUGCAAAACUGAACGCUAAGAAACCCGUGCUGGUGAACGCGUUGCGGGAGAGGCUCUUCCAGUUUGUCAUGCACCUGGCUCUGGACCUUGGGUCGCUCAACAUGCAGAGGGGCCGGGACCACGCCAUCCCUGGCUACAACGCGUGGCGUAAGUUCUGUGGGCUGUCCCAGCCCGGCAACCAGGCAGAGCUGGCUCGGGUCCUUAACAACGCGGGCCUGGCGACAAGGCUCCUGCAGCUGUAUGGAACACCAAGCAACAUCGACGUGUGGCUGGGAGGCGUGGCAGAACCCUUGGUCCAGGGUGGCCGUGUGGGCCCUCUGUUCGCCUGCCUCAUCGCCAACCAGUUCAAGAACAUCCGCCAGGGAGACAGGUUGUGGUACGAGAAUCAGGGUGUGUUCAGCCCCAGCCAGAGGAAUGUGCUGCGCACUGCCUCCCUGGCCAGGAUCAUCUGCGACAACACAGGCAUCUCCAGUGUCCCCCGGGACCCCUUCAGCCUCCUCAGCGGUAGUAACCGUCUGGUCAGAUGCUCCGAUGUCACAAGCAUGACCCUCUUGCCCUGGAGGGAGAGGCCCAACGAUGAGCCAGCAUCAGGCACAAAUGGAAUUCUUGCAGCCAUUGAAGCUGAGAGGACCAGGCUGUCUCAGGCCGAGCAGGACAUCCUUGGCAGGAUGGAGCCGAAGAUGGAAGAGGACAAUGAGGUGACCCGGGUGGCAUAAGAGGUGAACCUGGCCAUUGAAAGAAAGAAUUCUAAUCAAUGCAACCCGUUUACUGUCUUUACCUUCUUGACUUAAUGGUGAAUUCUUGUCAUUCACCAUUCAACAAACCAAUUAUUCUCUCAAAGCCUUCUUUAAAAUGUAAAAGACUGUUGCCUGAUUUUCUAAAAAAUCACGCCAUUAUUUAGGACCACUGUUACACUAUGAAAUAAAGUACACUGAAAUGUUUAACCACAACUCUGACAAUUGAAUUAAAGUAUUUACAUAGUUCUUUAUAAGGUCUGGUACGAUUUCUACCAUGGACAUUUUAGGCCUUGUUUUUGUUUUUAUUUUAUGGACUAAAUGUGUUCUGUCUGUUUUAAUCCAAUCUAUUAUAACGCAUCUUAAAACAUUUUUAGCCCGCCUCAUAUGAAACGCAAUAACUGCUUUGAAUAAAUUCUUCCUCUGUGGUUGAAUUUGUCAAUCAAGAUGAAUUGUUUAGUAAUGACUUUCAAAUCCUUAAAAAAAAAAGGGAAAAAUAAAUAGUCACUGUUUGAUGAUU